CAGAGCCAGGAUAAACACUCCGUUACUCUCCCUCUAAACUGCUCUUCUGGGAGGGAGAGAAAAUAAAUAGGGAGCGAGAGAGACAUUUGAAGUAACCUUUUUAAGAAGGAGUCAGCAGCCAAUAGAACCUUUCUUCCUUUUUUUUUUUUUUUUUUUUUUUUUUUCCUUUUCCCCACUUCUUACUAGAGAAAUUCAUGUUACCUCAACAAUUAAGGAGAAGAGCCAGCAUCUAGGGUUCCAGGCUGUGAGGGGGAGUAGCAACUUGUACCAGCAGAAUAGCCCCGCCACAGUCUUCAGCUGAGCUUGCAGGACAUGGAGAGAGGCUUCACUGAGUCUUCACAAAGGAAAGAAUUUUCAAAUUAAUGAUUAGGAUUUGAGGUUCCAAUUAAAUCUGUGUUUGGGCCAUUGCUUUGCCUGCCAGUACUUAAUCUUUUUCGAAAGCCUCAUCACUUAUCUAAAACAAAAGAAGAACGAGGACUGUUUCCUUAAGGCAUUCCAGUGGCUUGUUUUCAUGACUUUGAGCCUAUUUAAUCAGAGAUGGAGCAGAUGGACUGCAAACCGUACCAGCCACUGUCUAAAGUUAAACAUGAAGUGGAUCUAACUUACACAAGUUCCUCAGAUGAAAGUGAAGAUGGUGGAAAGCAAAGGCAAUCUUAUGACUCAAGAGAAACUCUGAAUGAAUAUAGCCAAGAGCUAAGACUUAACUAUAAUAGUCAUAGCAGAAAAAGAAAAGCCAUUGACCAGUCCACGCAAGACAUGGAAUUCUGUGAGACUCCCCAUAUCCUGUGCUCUGGCUAUCAAACUGAUUUACAUGGUGUAGCUGAGCACAGUUACCCGCUGGAGGUGGGCUCGGAUGUGGACACCGAAACAGAAGGUGGUGCAUCCCCGGACCACGCCCUGAGGAUGUGGAUGAAGGGGAUCAAAUCAGAACACAGCUCCUGUUUGUCAAGUCGGGCAAACUCAGCAUUGUCCCUCACUGACACUGACCAUGAAAGGAAGUCUGAUGGGGAGAAUGAUAUGCCUGGUAGCCCACAUAACCAGUUCACCUUCAGACCGCUGCCACCGCCACCUCCCCCACCGCACGCCUGCACCUGCGCCAGGAAACCGCCUCCUUCAGCCGACUCCCUGCAGAGGAGAUCGAUGACCACCCGCAGCCAGCCCAGCCCUGCUGCCCCCACGCCCCCCACCAGUACACAAGAUUCGGUGCAUCUUCAUAACAGCUGGGUCUUGAACAGCAACAUACCACUGGAAACCAGGCAUUUCCUGUUUAAACAUGGAUCUGGGUCUUCAGCUAUCUUCAGUGCAGCCAGUCAGAACUAUCCCUUAACAUCCAAUACUGUUUACUCUCCACCUCCUAGGCCUCUUCCUAGAAGUACCUUUUCCAGACCUGCCUUCACUUUUAACAAACCUUACAGGUGCUGCAACUGGAAGUGCACAGCUCUGAGUGCCACUGCUAUCACAGUGACCCUGGCACUGUUGCUCGCCUAUGUCAUCGCAGUACACUUGUUUGGUUUAACCUGGCAACUACAGCCUGUGGAAGGGCAGCUCUAUGAAAAUGGAGUUAGCAAAGGAAAUAAAGGAACAGAAUCCAUGGAUACUACUUACUCACCAAUCGGAGGAAAAGCUUUGGAUAAAACAGAAAAAAAAGUAUUUCAGAAGGGCCGGGCCAUAGACACAGGAGAAGUAGAGAUUGGAGCACAAGUUAUGCAGACCAUCCCACCUGGUUUAUUCUGGCGCUUCCAAAUUACCAUACAUCACCCUGUGUACCUGAAAUUUAACAUUUCACUGGCGAAGGAUUCUCUGCUGGGAAUUUAUGGCAGAAGAAACAUCCCACCUACUCACACUCAGUUUGAUUUUGUAAAACUGAUGGAUGGAAAACAGUUAAUUAAACAGGAACCAAAAAACUCAGAGGAGCCUCAGCAAGCUCCCAGGAACCUGAUCUUAACUUCACUGCAAGAGACAGGUUUCAUCGAGUAUAUGGAUCAAGGAGCUUGGCAUAUGGCGUUCUACAAUGAUGGAAAGAAAGUAGAGCAAGUGUUUGUACUAACUACAGCUAUUGAAAUCCUGGAUGACUGCUCUACUAAUUGCAAUGGGAAUGGAGAAUGUAUCUCAGGCCACUGCCACUGCUUCCCAGGAUUCCUUGGUCCUGAUUGUGCAAAAGAUUCCUGUCCAGUGCUGUGCAGCGGAAAUGGAGAAUAUGAGAAAGGUCACUGUGUGUGUCGAAAUGGCUGGAAAGGACCAGAGUGUGAUGUUCCAGAAGAGCAGUGUAUUGAUCCGACCUGCUUUGGCCAUGGUACUUGUAUCAUGGGUGUCUGCAUCUGUGUCCCUGGAUACAAAGGAGAGAUUUGUGAGGAAGAGGACUGCCUGGAUCCAAUGUGCUCUGGCCAUGGUGUGUGUGUCCAAGGGGAAUGUCACUGCUCCACGGGCUGGGGCGGGGUCAACUGUGAGACUGCGCUGCCCGUGUGCCAGGAGCAGUGCUCAGGGCACGGCACCUUCCUCCUGGACACGGGACUCUGCAGCUGUGAGCCACAGUGGACAGGUUCAGACUGUUCAACAGAGCUGUGUACCCUGGACUGUGGCAGCCACGGUGUCUGCUCCAGAGGGAUAUGCCAGUGUGAAGAGGGCUGGGUGGGACCCACCUGUGAAGAACGGACCUGCCACUCCCACUGUGCCGAGCACGGGCAGUGCAAGGACGGGAAGUGUGAGUGCAGCCCCGGAUGGGAAGGGGACCACUGCACCAUUGCUCACUACUUAGAUGCUGUCCAAGAUGGUUGCCCAGGUCUCUGUUAUGGAAAUGGGAGGUGCACUCUUGAUCAGAAUGGGUGGCACUGUGUUUGUCAAGUGGGCUGGAGUGGCUCGGGAUGUAACGUUGUCAUGGAAAUGGUGUGUGCAGAUAACCUGGACAAUGAUGGAGAUGGCUUGACAGACUGCGUAGACCCUGACUGUUGUCAGCAAAGCAACUGUUACUCAAGUCCUCUCUGCCAGGGUUCUCCUGAUCCCCUUGACCUUAUUCAGCACAGCCAACCACCUUUCUCUCAGCAUCCUCCAAGGCUCUUUUAUGAUCGAAUCAGAUUCCUUAUUGGGAAGGAAAGCACUCAUGUAAUCCCAGGAGAUGUCUCCUUUGAGAGCAGACGGGCGUGUGUCAUCCGAGGCCAGGUUGUAGCAAUAGAUGGAACACCUUUGGUUGGAGUGAACGUCAGUUUCCUGCACCACAAUGAAUACGGAUACACCAUCAGUCGACAGGAUGGAAGUUUUGACCUUGUGGCUGUUGGAGGAAUCUCUGUCACUCUAGUUUUUGACAGAUCUCCUUUCAUAUCUGAAAAAAGAACACUUUGGUUGCCUUGGAAUAGAUUUAUCAUUGUAGACAAAGUUGUAAUGCAAAGAGCAGAGUCGGACACACCAUCUUGUGACAUCAGUAGUUUUAUCAGUCCAAACCCAAUUGUACUCCCUUCUCCCUUGACAGCGUUUGGAGGGUCCUGUCCUGAAAGAGGAACUGUUAUUCCAGAACUACAGGUGGUCCAAGAGGAAAUUGCAAUUCCUUCAAGUUUUGUGAAGCUCAGUUAUCUCAGUACUCGGACACCGGGGUAUAAAACUUUGCUGCGCAUUAUUUUGACACACACAACCAUCCCUUCUGGAAUGGCAAAAGUCCAUCUGAUAGUUGCUGUUGAAGGUCGUCUGCUUCAGAAAUGGUUUCCUGCUGCAGCCAAUUUGGUGUACACAUUCGCCUGGAAUAAGACAGAUAUAUAUGGACAGAAGGUUUCUGGUCUGGCUGAGGCAAUGGUGUCGGUGGGAUAUGAAUAUGAAACAUGUCCUGAUUUUAUUCUAUGGGAGAAGAGAACAGUAAUCCUUCAAGGCUUUGAAAUGGAUGCUUCAAAUCUGGGUGGCUGGUCUAUAAACAAACACCAUGUAUUAAAUCCACAAAGUGGAAUUUUGCACAAGGGAAAUGGGGAAAACCUGUUCAUUUCCCAGCAGCCUCCAGUCAUCUCCACUGUGAUGGGCAAUGGACACCAGAGAAGUGUCUCUUGCUCCAACUGCAAUGGACUUGCCCUCAACAGCAAACUCUUUGCCCCAGUUGCACUCGCUUCUGGGCCUGAUGGAAGUGUCUAUAUUGGGGACUUCAAUUAUGUCAGAAGGAUCUUUCCCUCUGGAAAUUCAAUUGGCAUAUUAGAAUUAAGGAAUAGAGACACAAGACACAGUACAAGUCCUGCACAUAAAUAUUACUUGGCCAUUGAUCCAGUGUCAGAAUCCCUUUACUUAUCAGAUACCAACACCAGAAAAGUCUACAAAGCAAAAUCUCUCACUGAAACAAAGGAUCUGGCCAAAAAUGCAGACGUGGUGGCAGGAACAGGUGAUCAGUGCCUUCCUUUUGACCAGAGUCACUGUGGGGAUGGCGGAAAGGCAUCCGAGGCCUCACUCAACAGCCCAAGAGGUAUCACUGUAGAUAAGCAUGGAUUUAUUUACUUUGUUGAUGGUACAAUGAUACGGAAAAUUGAUGAGAACGGUGUGAUCACAACAAUAAUAGGUUCAAAUGGCCUCACAUCAACCCAGCCAUUGAGUUGUGACUCUGGGAUGGACAUCACUCAGGUGCGGUUAGAGUGGCCAACAGACCUCACAGUGAACCCUCUGGACAAUUCACUGUAUGUCCUGGACAACAACAUUGUCCUGCAGAUCUCCGAGAACAGGCGUGUGCGGAUUAUUGCGGGGCGCCCCAUUCACUGCCAGGUGCCCGGCAUCGACCACUUCCUGGUGAGCAAGGUGGCCAUCCAUUCCACACUGGAGUCAGCCAGGGCCAUCGCCGUGUCCCACAGUGGAAUCCUCUACAUCGCAGAGACAGAUGAAAGGAAAAUCAACCGUAUCCAGCAGGUCACAACCAAUGGCGAAAUCUCUAUCAUUGCUGGAGCCCCAUCAGAUUGUGACUGCAAGAUUGAUCCUAAUUGUGAUUGUUUUUCAGGUGAUGGUGGAUAUGCCAAAGAUGCAAAGCUGAAAGCACCUUCUUCCCUAGCAGUGUCUCCCGAUGACACGCUGUACGUGGCAGACCUGGGCAACGUGCGGAUCCGCGCCGUGAGCCGGAACAAGGCUCACCUCAGCGACACCAACCUGUACGAGAUCGCCUCGCCCGCCGACCAGGAGCUCUACCAGUUCACCAUCAACGGCACCCACCUGCACACGCUCAACCUCAUCACCAGGGACUACAUCUACAACUUCUCCUACAGCGGGGAGGGGGAUGUUGGCACCAUCACCAGCAGCAACGGGAACUCGGUUCACAUCCGCAGGGACACGAGCGGGCUGCCCCUGUGGGUCGUGGUGCCGGGGGGCCAGGUCUACUGGCUCACCAUAAGCAGCAAUGGGGUUCUGAAAAGGGUGUAUGCCCAAGGCUACAACCUGGCCCUGAUGACAUAUCCUGGAAACACAGGGCUUUUAGCAACCAAGAGCGAUGAAAACGGAUGGACAACUGUGUAUGAGUAUGACUCUGAUGGCCACCUGACCAAUGCAACCUUCCCGACAGGGGAAGUCAGCAGCUUCCACAGCGAUGUUGAAAAACUGACACGAGUGGAACUUGAUACUUCAAACAGGGAGAAUGUGAUCACAGCCACAAACUUCUCAGCUACCUCUACAAUUUAUACUUUAAAACAAGAUAACACACAGAACAUCUACCGGGUCAGCCCAGACGGGUCUCUGAGAGUCACCUUUGCCAGUGGAAUGGAAAUCACACUUAACACGGAACCUCACAUUCUAGCAGGGGUUGUCAGCCCCACAUUAGGGAAGUGCAAUAUCUCCCUUCCUGGAGAGCAUAACUCAAAUCUCAUUGAAUGGAGGCAAAGGAGAGAGCAGACGAAAGGCAAUAUCUCUACGUUUGAGAGAAGGCUAAGGACCCACAACAGAAACCUGCUCUCCAUUGACUUCGACCACGUAACCAGAACAGGAAAGAUUUAUGAUGAUCACCGCAAAUUCACUCUUCGAAUUAUGUAUGACCAGACAGGACGCCCCAUUUUAUGGUCCCCCAUCAGCAAGUACAAUGAGGUCAAUAUCACUUAUUCACACUCUGGAUUAGUCACCUAUAUCCAAAGAGGAACCUGGACUGAGAAAAUGGAGUAUGAUCCAAGUGGGAACAUCAUUUCCAGAACAUGGGCAGAUGGUAAAAUAUGGAGUUACACAUAUCUAGAAAAGUCCGUGAUGCUCCUGUUGCACAGCCAGCGGCGCUACAUCUUCGAGUACGACCAGUCGGAGUCGCUGCAGUCGGUGACGAUGCCCAGCAUGGUGCGCCACGCCCUGCAGACCAUGCUGUCCGUGGGCUACUACCGCAACAUCUACACCCCUCCCGACAGCGGCGCUGCCUUCAUCCAGGACCUCGCCAGGGAUGGGCGGCUGCUGCAGACCUUGUACCCUGGCACAGGGCGCAGGGUCCUGUACAAGUACACCAAACAGUCGCGGCUCUCCGAGAUUCUGUACGACACUACGCAAGUCACGUUCACCUACGAGGAGUCUUCUGGGGUUAUUAAAACAAUACAUUUAAUGCAUGAUGGGUUCAUCUGUACCAUCAGAUACAGGCAGACAGGUCCACUUAUUGGUCGCCAAAUCUUCAGGUUUAGUGAAGAAGGGCUUGUGAAUGCCAGAUUUGACUACAGCUAUAACAACUUCCGUGUCACAAGCAUGCAGGCGAUGAUCAAUGAGACGCCCCUUCCCAUAGAUCUGUACCGUUACGUCGAUGUUUCUGGCAGGACUGAGCAAUUUGGAAAAUUCAGUGUCAUUAAUUACGAUUUAAACCAAGUUAUAACCACCACUGUGAUGAAACAUACCAAAAUCUUCAGUGCCAAUGGCCAGGUGAUUGAAGUACAGUAUGAAAUUCUCAAGUCUAUUGCUUACUGGAUGACCAUCCAGUAUGAUAACAUGGGUCGCAUGGUGAUCUGUGACAUACGUGUGGGUGUAGAUGCCAAUAUAACAAGGUAUUUUUAUGAAUACGAUGCUGAUGGUCAGCUCCAGACUGUGUCUGUGAAUGAUAAAACCCAGUGGCGCUAUAGCUACGACCUUAAUGGCAACAUCAACUUGCUGAGCCAUGGGAACAGCGCGCGCCUCACUCCUCUGAGAUACGACCUGAGAGAUCGCAUUACCAGGCUUGGGGAAAUUCAAUAUAAAAUGGACGAAGAUGGUUUUCUCAGGCAAAGAGGCAAUGAGAUCUUUGAGUACAACUCUAAUGGUUUGCUGAACAAAGCAUAUAACAAAGUGUCUGGCUGGACUGUGCAAUACUGUUAUGAUGGUCUGGGAAGACGAGUUGCAAGCAAAUCAAGCCUCGGACAACACUUACAGUUCUUUUAUGCUGAUCUCUCCAACCCAAUAAGAAUUACUCACUUGUACAAUCACACUAGCUCAGAAAUAACAUCCCUAUAUUAUGAUCUGCAAGGUCAUCUCAUUGCAAUGGAAUUAAGCAGUGGAGAAGAAUAUUAUGUUGCUUGUGAUAACACUGGGACACCUCUAGCUGUGUUUAGCAGUCGAGGCCAAGUCAUAAAAGAAAUUUUGUACACCCCAUAUGGAGAGAUAUACCAGGACACUAAUCCAGAUUUUGAGGUUAUCAUUGGUUUUCAUGGAGGACUCUAUGAUUCUCUUACUAAAUUAGUGCAUCUGGGUCAGCGGGACUAUGAUGUCAUUGCUGGUCGGUGGACGACACCAAAUCACCAUAUAUGGAAGCACCUGAAUGCUGUCCCACAACCAUUUAAUCUCUACUCAUUUGAAAAUAAUUACCCAGUUGGAAGAAUCCAAGACGUUGCUAAGUAUACUACAGACAUUGGAAGUUGGCUAGAGCUGUUUGGUUUCCAGUUGCACAACGUGCUGCCUGGAUUCCCAAAACCAGAGAUGGAAGCUUUGGGGACAACAUAUGAACUUCUACAGCUUCAAACAAAAACCCAGGAGUGGGAUCCUGGAAAGACUAUCCUUGGCAUUCAAUGUGAACUACAAAAGCAACUCCGAAACUUUAUCUCCUUGGACCAACUUCCUAUGACACCCAGGUACAGUGAUAGCAAGUGUUCUGAAGGAGUGAAGCAACUGAGAUUUGCAGCUGUUCCUUCAGUAUUUGGAAAAGGCAUCAAAUUCGCUAUAAAGGAUGGUAUAGUGACAGCUGACAUUAUCGGGGUGGCUAACGAGGAUAGCCGGCGCAUUGCUGCCAUCCUCAACAACGCUCAUUACCUGGAGAACCUGCAUUUCACCAUUGAGGGCCGGGACACCCAUUACUUCAUCAAGCUGGGCUCUUUGGAGGAAGAUUUGGCCCUGAUUGGCAGCACCGGAGGGCGCCGCAUCCUGGAGAACGGCGUCAACGUGACGGUGUCGCAGAUGACAUCAGUGAUCAACGGCAGGACUAGGCGCUUUGCCGACAUCCAGCUCCAGCACGGCGCGCUCUGCUUCAACGUGCGCUACGGAACCACGGUGGAAGAGGAAAAGAACCAUGUCCUGGAGGUAGCCAGGCAGCGAGCUGUGGCUCAGGCCUGGACUAAGGAGCAGAGGCGGCUGCAGGAGGGGGAAGAAGGAAUUCGAGCGUGGACAGAUGGAGAGAAACAGCAGCUUUUAAGCACUGGACGGGUACAAGGCUACGAUGGAUAUUUUGUUUUAUCUGUGGAGCAGUAUCUCGAACUUUCUGACAGUGCCAAUAAUAUUCACUUCAUGAGACAGAGUGAAAUAGGCAGAAGGUAACAAAGAAAAUCUCUGCCUUUGCAUCACCAAAGACUGCCUGUUUUUAAACGUAAAAUGGUAUAUUGUAUUGGUUUUUCUAGAUCAGAACUCUGUAUAUAUAAAUAUAGAGGAAAAAACAUAUCCAACUGCCUUUAAAUGUGACAGAAGAUGGUAUUUUAAUAUCGUUUGUUAACUCUUUGAGAGAUGACAGUGACAAUUUUUAGUUCUUGUGUGGCAGUAUUCAAAAAUUUCAGAAGCAGAGUCCUGCAAGCCGAGCGGCGCGACCUGCGCGCGAGGUGCCUGGGGUGACACCGCACAGCCCUGCAGGGUAGGGGUGAGUGCCACGUGCUCUGCCUUCUCCUAAAGAAACACGACUUUUUUGUUGUUGAUUUAAUAAUUCACCAGUUAUUUAAAUGGUUACAGAGCCUGAUUCUGCAACCCAUAUUUACUGGGUGGCUUUUAUCCCAGUGAGAUCUCCCAUAAGUUCGAGGGAUUGCAUACAGAAACCAGACUGUGUAUGGAAACUUCGCAGCUGCUCACCAACCCCACACAUGUUCCUCAGAGUUAAGAGCUAAGGGAUUUCCUAACCUGGGAAAUCUGCCUUGGGUUGGCUUCAGUAUGUACAAGGAUGUCCCCUAUGGCCUUUGCUCAGUUGUGGCCACCCCUCAGCUGCUCCAUGCUGAAUAUCACAUUGUGUCCACUCGUGCAUGUCAGGCCUCUCUCCCAGGGUUUCCCUCGGCACUGGGAUUUACUAGGGUCUGGCAGUACACACACAGCUGCCAGUCUGCUUGGUGGCACCAUGUUGGUCAGGCUUCAGCCAGAGAUGGGGUAGCUAAAGCAGGCUUAGUGAGCACUGUAGUCUUCAGGAGGCUCUUCACUGGCAUGUGUGUUCCAGGCUGGACUUUAACCCAGUGCUCUGGGGACAACCAGCUGGGAGCCCUCACAGAGCAGUAUCAGGCCAUGCAGGAUUGGUCCUGUCUCUAGUCACUGGGCCAGGACUUGCCUUCACACAGAUGAUUUGGAAGUUGCAGUGUUGUUGGGUUUACGCAUCGUGUUCUUUUCAUCUCAAAUUAAUAAUCCUGUUGUAGUACUCAUUUUUUCGAGUCUGAAGAAGAUUGGUGGGUUGGGAGUUGAUGAACCUAAGUGUGGGUAGUAAAUAUGUUGAUAAACGUAGAACAUUUCGGGGAUGACUCUUCACUUUUCAGCUCAAUAUCUAGAGCACAUAGAAAAGCAUUAUAUUGCAUGGACAGAAAUUUUUAUUUCCCAAGGUAUCAUGCACUACUGGCACAGUUACUUCAUAGCAGAGUAGGUGAUCCUUCCUCCAGCUUGUCAUUUUUAAAAGACCUGAUUAUCAGGAGGUGGGGGAGGCACACAGGGAGGGGGGGAUGGGCAAGCAGUUUUCCAGAGGGAUCUAGAAGUCUUGUUACAGAGCCUGUGUAGCCAUAACAGUGAAGUUAUUGCACAUUUCUUUCAGAACAGACAUAGUCAAUAUAUUGAAAAGAUUUCUGCUCGUAUUUACGGAAGCCAAAAAAGUGCAUUCUUUAUCUUUUUUUCCUUUUUUUCCCCCAGUUUUCUUUUUUCCUUUGUUUUUUGGGCAAGUGGAGCAGACUGUACCCAAGUUAGAGAUGAGCCUGAAUUGGCAGCUGAGACCUGAGCCCCUCCCUGGGGUUUGAUCUCAGGUCUCAGCCUCACCCCGUUACCGUCUCUUCCCAGAUUCCUUUUGCUCCCCUGGGAGCCAGCGCAGCUUUGGGGGGUGCAGGAUCAGGCUGAGUAGGAGCCUGGGCGCUGAAAUCCUCCUCUGUCCCCAGCCAGGGGGAACUAUGGACCAAAAUCUGCACAUACACCUUGUGAUCAGGCUCAUCAUUAACUAAUGUACAGAACAGAGAGCUGGCAAUAUCCAGGUUUGACAACAUCCAGGUUUGACAGCUCAGAUUUCUGUAAUUUUCCAUAAAAUCACGGAGAAUUUGAAUACCUCCACACUAGCCUAAAAAUGGACCUUCAAAUCCUUGAGCCUCUAAUACGCUUUUAAUCAAUGGAAGAAUAAUUUAUGAAUUGUAUAUAGAGAGUGCAUUCAUAAAUGUGAUGAUGUAUUUUAUCACUGAUCCAAGAUGUCAAUAUUAGAGUCUAUUUUACUUAUAUUUUAAGUAAUUAUACUUUUUUGCAAUUCAGUAAUGAGGAUCAUUUUCAAACUGCUUUAAAUAUCCAUUAUAAACAAAUAUUUGAAGCUAUUAGAGUUACCUUGAACUGUGCAUUUCUAGUAUGUAAUACAUAUUUAGUUAGCUUGUGCCUUUAGUUUCUUAAAGUUAUAUUUGUAUUAUAUGCAGGAAAUGCACUUUGUAUUACCUACAGCUGUGGUUUUUAAUACUGCCUUGAUUACUGUUGUUCUCAUGUUAUGCCAAAAGGUCGAAGAGUGAAAUGUGUUACAAGUUUGUCUUUGAAAGUAGAUUUGGCAUUUUCCCAUUUCCUGGGUGCAGUCUAAUGUACAUUUUGAACAAUAUUUCUUAUGAGAAUAUGGUUUUGUUAAGACUCACGUGACAUUACAUGGCCCAGUUACAAAAGCAGAAAAAAUGCCUUCAUCAUAACAGUUUCUUAAAUUUAGGAAACUAAAUAUAAAUGUCGUGUUGAGAUGACAGUGCUCAAGAAAUGAGUUAUGCUGAAAGAGCAUGGGGGAGAUUGAAGUCAUAUCGUAGCUAUACAUGGGCCAGCCAGCAGUGAUUUGUGAGAACUACAUGAACAAAUAGCUUUGGACCAUCUUGAUCAUGAACAACCUCAGAUGGAGGCAAGGAAUAUUUAAGUCUCCAUUUUUUUUCCUUAGUAGUUAGAGCAAUUUCUCAGUGGGUUUUUUGGUGGGUUUGGGUUUUUUUAUAUAAUUCUCCAUUUUCUUCCUUUUUUUUUUUAAUUUUGUAUUUUGCACUAUAACCUAGAGACCCAGUUGAGAAAAAAGAAAAACAAUCGCGUGGAAAUUUUUACUGUUAUUUAGAUCAGAUAAUUUGAUGCUAGCGUUCUGCACUGCAAACAAGGUUCUGAAAGAGGGAAAAAUAAUAUCAAAUAAUUAAAAGAAAGUAUAAAUUAAAAUAAAAAUUUUAAAAAUACACUAUUGCACACUAUCCUGUAGCAAAGUACCUACCAUGAAAAAAACAUGCUAUAUUUUUAAUGACAGCUAAACAAAUAGUGUGUACAAGUAACAUUUCCUUUGCUUUCAUAUUUAUUUAGUAAAUCUAGAACAUUUCAAAGUUAUAAAUAUAUAUAUAUAGAUAUCUAUGUAGAACAUAGCCAAAUAAAUAUAUAUGAACUGGUCAAUGUGCAACUGGGUAUAUACACCUUGGCUCUUUGGUUUAAGCUCUCUUGCAUCCCUCAGCUGGGCCCUGGGCAGAGGUGGCCUCAUGCCCUGGCCGUGCUCUGGGGUCCCACCCUGCACCCCCUGCCCACGGAGCCCCCGGCAGCGCCCAGGGCUGGGCCAGGGGCAGCAGCUCCUCCAGGGUGAGCGAUGGGCACUGUUGGAAGUCAAGGUGCUGUUCCAAAAGGGAAAGUGGUUUAGGCAGAGGAGCUCGUGGUUUAACCGAGCUGAAGGAGACAGGCAGUGCCCCGGCGUGUCCCUGUAUCCGGGGCAUUUGCUGGGGUGCAGCUGAUCCAACGCAGUGACACCCAGGUGACACCAGGCUCAGGCUGUGCCGACAGUCCCAAGGGUUUUCCCAUCAAACACUGGCUGUUAUUUAAACCUCUCCUUGAUAAAAAACAUUGCCAGGUUGAAAGCACUCUGACUGCCAGAGGAAUCACUUCCAGGCAGAAACUGGGAAUGGUGGAGUUGGACUUGCUGUGGAUUUGUCUGGGCGUUUGUCACCUGGCAUUAUUUGUCUAAGGAAACGUGUUUGACAAUUUCCAGUUUUUCCUUAGAUCUCGUGGUGGACUUUAGCCUUUUAAUAAAUGUUAGUAUAUCAGAUCGUGUCCUUGACAGUAUUUUACUUGUAUGAACCAUGAUAAAACAUUAAAAUCUUCAUACUCUUCUGGCAGAAGUGUCAAUAAACAAGAACGAGAAGCAUAGCAUACGAUAUAUGUCAAAGUAAUGUUCCUUUUUAGCUUUCUCAUCAACAGUAAAAAAUGUUUACAAUGUAUGCCAAGAUCUUCACUUUCUGUCUAACACCAGUUAGAGGUUCUGAUCUUACAGAAAUUGUGUUAUAAUGGCCUCAGCCUCGUUGCUAGGAAACAAUAGAUCCCAAUUUUUUUAUUCCUGCUCUAACUCCUGUGCUGAAUAGUGACUGGAUACUGUACAGGUUUAUGUUAUAUGGCUGCAGUUAAAUGGUCUGAUGCAUUUUGCUCUGGGUUUCAGACCAGAAGCAUGCAUUUUCUACAAGAACAUCCCAGCAACACACUGUAAAUAUUGAAAGUUAAUAUAUUAUGUGUCAAUAUUUGAAAAAGAAAGUACUUUGACUAUUUCAUUUUUAAAAAAUAAAGGUGCAAACUUA